UUGGAGCAGAUUGAGGCCAUCGCUAAGUUUGACUAUGUGGGGCGCACCCCCCGGGAGCUGUCCUUUAAGAAGGGAGCGUCACUGCUGCUGUAUCACCGCGCCUCUGAGGACUGGUGGGAGGGGCGGCACAACGGUGUGGACGGACUGAUCCCACAUCAGUACAUCGUGGUGCAGGACCUGUGAGUAAUAUCCAUUCAUAAACAUGAAGCUUAAGCGAUGGACGAAGAGCAGUCUGACAUAAAUCUGUCUGUCAGUCAGGCAGGCAGGCAGGAAACAGUCAGUCUUACAGUAAUCAAGUGUUUUCCUCAACAAUUCUCCCUCUCUAAAGUGAUAUAAACCUGAGAGUAAUUAGACAUGGCAGGUGUAUCAAAAGCUUUUUGCUUUGAUGUCAUUAGCCACACACAUCAGUAACACUAAUGGAAGAUCCUUGACUGAAUAUCACAAAGAGAAGGCACAGAUAAAUCAUUCAAAUCAUUACAUUUACAUUUACGUCAUUUAGCAGACGCUCUUAUCCAGAGCGACUUACAAAUUGGUGCAUUCACCUUAUAGCCAGUGGGAUAACCACUUUACAAUAUGUACAAUAUAUUUUUUUGGGGGGUGGGGUAAGGGAGGGUAGAAGGUUUACUUUAUCCUAUCCCAGGUAUUCCUUAAAGAGGUGGGGUUUCAAGUGUCUCCGGAAGGUGGUGAGUGACUCCACUGUCCUGGCGUCGUGAGGGAGCUUGUUCCACCAUUGGGGUGCCAGAGCAGCGAACAGUUUUGACUGGGCUGAGCGGGAACUGUGCUUCCGCAGAGGUAGGGGGGCCAGUAGGCCAGAGGUGGAUGAAUGCAAUGCCCUCGUUUGGGUGUAGGGACUGAUCAGAGCCUGAAGGUAUGGAGGUGCCGUUCCCCUCACAGCUCCGUAGGCAAGCACCAUGGUCUUGUAGCAGAUGCGAGCUUCAACUGGAAGCCAGUGGAGUGUGCGGAGGAGCAGGGGUGACAUGAGAGAACUUGGGAAGGUUGAACACCAGACGGGCUGCGGCAUUCUGGAUGAGUUGUAGGGGUUUAAUGGCACAGGCAGGGAGCCCAGCCAACAGCGAGUUGCAGUAAUCCAGACGGGAGAUGACAAGUGCCUGGAUUAGGACCUGUGCCGCUUCCUGUGUAAGGCAGGGUCGUACUCUCCGAAUGUUGUAGAGCAUGAACCUACAGGAUCGGGUCACCGCCUUGAUGUUAGCGGAGAACGACAGGGUGUUGUCCAGGGUCACGCCAAGGCUCUUCGCACUCUGGGAGGAGGACACAACGGAGUUGACAACCGUGAUGGCGAGAUCAUGGAACGGGCAGUCCUUCCCCGGGAGGAAGAGCAGCUCCGUCUUGCCGAGGUUCAGCUUGAGGUGGUGAUCUGUCAUCCACACUGAUAUGUCUGCCAGACAUGCAGAGAUGCGAUUCGCCACCUGGUUAUCAGAAGGGGGAAAGGAGAAGAUGAGUUGUGUGUCGUCUGCAUAGCAAUGAUAGGACAGGCCAUGUGAGGAUAUGACAGAGCCAAGUGACUUGGUGUAUAGCGAGAAUAGGAGAGGGGCUAGAACUGAGCCCUGGGGGACACCAGUGGUGAGAGCACGUGGUGCGGAGACAGAUUCUCGCCACGCCACUUGGUAGGAGCGACCGGUCAGGUAGGACGCAAUUCAAGAGUGAGCCGCGCCAGAGAUGCCCAGCUCGGAGAGGGUGGAGAGGAGGGUCUGAUGGUUCACAGUAUCAAAGGCAGCAGACAGGUCUAGAAGGACAAAAGCAGAGGAGAGAGAGUUAGCUUUAGUAGUGUGUAGAGCCUCCAUAACACAGAGAAGAGCAGUCUCAGUUGAAUGACCAGUCUUGAAACCUGACUGGUUUGGAUCAAGAAGGUCAUUCUGAGAGAGAUAGCAAGAGAGUUGGCUAAAGACGGCACGCUGAAGAGUUUUGGAGAGAAAAGAAAGAAGGGAUACUGGUCUGUAGUUGUUGACAUCAGAGGGAUCGAGUGUUGGUUUUUUGAGAAGGGGUGCAACUCUCGCUCUCUUAAGACGGAAGGGACAUAGCCAGUGGUCAAGGAUGAGUUGAUGAGCGAUGUGAGGUAAGGGAGAAGGUCACCGGAGAUGGUCUGGAGAAGAGAGGAGGGGAUAGGGUCAAGUGGGCAGGUUGUUGGGCGGCCGGCCGUCACAAGUCGCAAGAUUUUAUCUGGAGAGAGAGGGGAGAAAGAAGUCAAAGCAUAGGGUAGGGCAGUGUGAGCAGGACCAGCAGUGUCAUUUGACUUAACAAACGAGGAUCGGAUGUCGUCAACCUUCUUUUCAAAAUGGUUGAUGAAGUCAUCCACAGAGAGGGAGGAGGGGGGGGGGGGGGAGGAUUCAGCAGGGAGGAGAAGGUGGCAAAGAGCUUCCUAGGGUUAGAAUUUAUAGUGGUAGAAAGUGGCCUUAGCAGCAGAAACAGAUGAAGAAAAUGUAGAAAGGAGGGAGUGAAAAGAUGCCAGGUCCGCAGGGAGUCUAGUUUUCCUCCAUUUCCACUCGGCUGCCCGGAGCCCUGUUCUGUGAGCUCGCAAUGAGUCAUCAAGCCACGGAGCAGGAGGGGAGGACCGUGCCGGCCGGGAGGAUAGGGGACAUAGAGAGUCAAAGGAUGCAGAAAGGGAGGAGAGGAGGAUUGAGGAGGCAGAAUCAGGAGAUUGGAGGGAGAAGGAUUGAGCAGAGGGAAGAGAUGAUAGGAUGGAAGAGGAGAGAGUAGCGGGAGAGAGAGAGCGAAGGUUGCGACGGCGCAUUACCAUCUGAGUAGGGGCAGAGUGAGUAGUGUUGGAGGAGAGCGAGUGAGAAAAGGAUACAAAGUAGUGGUCGGAGACAUGGAGGGGAGUUGCAGUGAGAUUAGUAGAAGAACAGCAUCUAGUAAAGAUGAGGUCAAGCGCAUUGCCUGCCUUGUGAGUAGGGGGGGACGGUGAGAGGGUGAGGUCAAAAGAGGAGAGGAGUGGAAAGAAGGAGGCAGAGAGAAAUGAGUCAAAGAUAGACGUAGGGAGGUUGAAGUCACCCAGAACUGUGAGGGGUGAGCCAUCCUCAGGAAAGGAACUUAUCAAGGCGUCAAGCUCAUUGAUGAACUCUCCAAGGGAACCUGGAGGAUGAUAAAUGACAAGGAUGUUAAGCUUGAAUGGGCUAGUGACUGUGACAGCAUGGAAUUCAAAUGAGAAGAUAGACAGAUGGGUCAGGGGAAAAAGAGAGAAUGUCCACAUGGGAGAGAUGAGGAUUCCUGUGCCACCACCCCGCUGACCAGAUGCUCUCGGGGUAUGCGAGAACACAUGGUCAGACGAGGAGAGAGCAGUAGGAGUAGCAGUGUUUUCAGUGGUAAUCCAUGUUUCCGUCAGCGCCAAGAAGUCGAGGGACUGGAGGGUAGCAUAGGCUGAGAUGAACUCUGCCUUGUUGGCAGCAGAACGGCAGUUCCAGAGGCUGCCUGAGACCUGGAACUCCACGUGGGUGGUGCGUGCAGGGACCACCAGGUUAGAGAGGCAGCAGCCACGCGGUGUGAGGCGUUUGUAUAGCCUGUGCGGAGAGGAGAGAACAGGGAUAGACAGAGGCAUAGUUGACAGGCUACAGAAAAUGGCUACAAUAAUGCAAAGGAGAUCGGAAUGAAAUGAACUAAACAUCUGGGAAAGGAGAGAGCGGGGCCUCCCUCACUUACGUUUCACUGAAACACCCAAAUAUAACUCUCCCAACUUCCACCUUAGAAACUCUAAUUGUUGUAAACAACAGCGGUUCAAUGUUUUCUAGGAAUAGACUAACUUAGUUUAUUCAGCUAGCUAACUUGGUUCAGUAUUCUUCCGUGAAAAUCGUCCAGGGCACCAACAACACAGUUUAGCACCAAUUCUCGGCCACAACAAACCACCAGUGUGUCAACACGCCAAGCAGAUCGUUUGUGUCCAUGUCUAACGUUGUGGGUUAGUCCCGACAGCUUGAGCGAGACCGUCGUCAACUUAUUCAGCCAGUUAGUUAGCUAUAAUAGUUAGCAUACUAGCUAGCCAUUGCUUUCAGACAAAGAAGAAACCCCUCCUCCCACGGCACGAACACACAGAGAGAGCCAAGCUAACGUUAACUAGUCACCCAUGUCCAGAAUUCCCUUGAACGACUCUGGCUACCAGUAUGUAAAAACAAAACACAAAUGUAGGUUAUAACUUACCCCUAGCAGCUACUGUUAGCUAGCCAAGUGCAAAGCUAGCCACUGAAUUGACUCAGCCAGUUCGCAUCUGUUUGCUAGGUCGUUCCAGCCAUUGUUUAGUAGCUAUCCAGGUAGCAACAAGCUAGCUAGAUUUCAAGCACAGUAGCCACUUACUACCUAACGUUAACGCUUCAGACUAUGAGGUUAGAAAACUGAAAGCUGAAUGGUAGGCAAUAUUGUAUGUAAUUAUUGUAGGCAGCUAGCUGGCGUAAUUACAGGUACUCUCAGGCGUGAAACAACUAUCCACAGUUACUAAUAGUUACCAGUAGCUACCCGCUAGCUAGUCCAGGUAGUGGGUUAGCUAGCUUCGUGCUUCACCGGGCUCAGCCGAAUACAAUACUAACCUACAAUAAUUACAUACAACAACCCACGAUAACUACCUACAAUACCUAACUACAAUCUAAAUACAUAGUUUAAGCUUUACUCGACAAAGGCCAAACUAUGUAUAUAAGCCAUAUAAGCCAAGCUUACCUCCCGCCAGAGAGAGACACAACCUCACCCGACGACGACGAUGACUGCUUGAUGUGUUCAUGCCUGAUGUGUUCGCUCAAAGACACCUCACUGACAAGUGCACCUUAAGUGGUAACACAGUUAAAUGUGGAUUUGAUGUCAGUCAAUCAGGCUAAGAGGCAGAAGUAAAGAUGCUAAAGAGAAGGCCAGAGCAUGGUUUAAGUUUAGAACUCUAAUGAAUUCAUUGAAUACACCCUCAGAUAUGAAUUCCUGUUAUAAAUGUACGCAAUCAUUUGAAAGAUGAGCCGUUUAGUCUCCAAUUAUAGUGUGACUAAUCAUCGCUGGUGUCUGUUUCAUGAAUCCAUUUGGAUGUUGAAUCAACAGUAAGGCCAGAUUAUUAUAUCGUAUUGCUACUUUCUGUGUUAGGAAUACAUUGGAAUGAUCAAUUUUCAAAAGGAGUCAGUGAAGUGGCUCCAGUAUCUCUCUGGAACAGAUAAACUGACUGCAGAUUGAAAACCAGAGCCCGCUGUAAAUAUGGACCAAUUAGUUUGAAUAAACAACAGUCUAAAUAAGAUCUCUACCAACUGUAUGAAUAAUGUGCAUACUCUCUCUCAUCUAUUUCUCUCUUGCUCUCUCGCUCUCCUUUCAGGGAUGAUGCAUUCUCAGAUAAUCUCAGUCAGAAGGCGGACAGCGAGGCGAGCAGCGGACCACUGCUGGAUGACAAGGCCUCAUCCAAAAAUGACGUCCCAUCACCGUGUGAACACUCCCCCGACUGCAACUUUGGAGGAGUCAUGGGGAGGUGGGUAACGACUGGGAAGGAAUACCUAUUGAAAUGUUUUUUUUAGAUCAGUGUCCAGGGCCAACCUAAUCCUACUCUAUGUGACUGUGAUGUCGUCUCUCUCCUCAGGGUGAGGCUACGUUCUGACGGGGCCGCCAUCCCUCGGCACCGCAGCGGAGAGACCCACAGCCCUCCCCGGGGCACAGACACACCCCCGCGGGCCGCAGCCUGUCCCAGUAGCCCCCAGAAGGUGGCGGUGAGCAGGAGUUACAUGGAGAGCCCGGAGAAGAGGCGCCUGGGCACAUUUGGCAGCGCGGGCAGCAUCAACUAUGCCGACAGGAAGGCCUAUCCCGAGGGCCACCCCCUGAGGCACGUACCAGGGGCCACACGCCACAGCAGUCUCGGGGACCACAAAUCACUGGAGGCUGAUACCCUGGCAGAGGUAUGGCCAUCACUGUCCUAUCAGCCCCAGGUUCUAAAGUAUUACCUCUGCCCAAUGUAUAACUGCAUAGCCUCUUUUCCCCAUGCCAUGUAACCUUAUCAGUCAUAGAACCUCACACAAUAUGGAAUGGAAUCACCUGUCAAUAUUUUGAAUAGUGGUGCACAAGUGAUGUUGUACUAUAUUCCAAACUAAUUUAUAGGACAGUAUUUCUAAACCUUCAACACAGCAGAGUCACUCAGAGAAUAUUCAUUCCCUAGAGACCGGAGCAGAAUGCAUUUCAUGUUGAUGCUGAAAUGAGUACUAAUGAUCAUUGAUAAUGGCUGCACAAGCCCAGCGUCGGCUAGCUGGAAAAGGAAUAGAGGCAGAUUUUGAAAUGGAAAAGUUAUGAUCAGUGCAGCUAAUGGUCUCCUAUUAGAGCCCUAUUUUAGCCUGAGCCCAUGUUGAUGACCCUGAGUGUGUGUGUGAUUGUGCUAAUGACUGUGUGUGUGUGUGUGUGUGUGUGUGUGUGUGUGUGUGUGUGUGUGUGUGUGUGUGUGUGUGUGUGUGUGUGUGUGUGGGUUGGUUCGUCUAUCCUUGUGGGGACCUAAAAUCCCCAAAGGUCCCCACAAGGAUAGUAAAACAAGAAAAAUGUUCUCUUGUGGGGACAUUUCCCACAUCCCCAUGAAAACAAAGGCUAUUUUAAGCUUAAGGGUUAGGUUUACGGUUAGGGUUACAAUUAGGGUUAGAAUUAAGGGUAAGGGUUGGGGUUACGGGUUAAGGUUAGGGUUAAAGUUAGGGUAAGAGUUAGGGUUAGGCUUAGGGUUAAGGGUUAGGGAAAAUUGGAUUUUGAAUGGAAAUGCAUUUUAGGUCCCCACGAGGAUAGAAGAACAAAACGUGUGUGUGUGUGUGAGAGAGAGUGUGCAUGUGUGUGUGAUUGUGUGUGUGUGUGUGUGUGUGUGAUUGUGACUGUGGUAAUGAGUGUGCAGCCAUUAAAAGGGGAUGUUAAUCUCUUCAUUUGGUGCCGUUGUGUUGGGUUGUACUGUGUGAGGAGAGGGAGCAGAGAGAGGCUAGAUAGAGAGCUGCUGAUGUCUGGGAGAGCAGAGGCAGAUGUGAUGUCCUGCUGUACUGUCUGUCUAUGUGCCUCGGUGAAGCAGCCCUGGCUCAGGCUACUACCAUUGCUAAACUAAACUUAGCCUAGCUUGGCUUAGCAAUUAUAUCAGAUUAAUUAUCUCCUUUCACAUCUUCUGUGUAUUUUGUGUAUGUCAGGACAUAGAGAAGACCAUGACCACGGCCCUACAUGAGCUGCGUGAGCUGGAGCGCCAAAACACGGGCAAGCAGGCGCCAGAUGUGGUGCUGGACACCCUGGACACCACCAUGAAGAACCCUGUGAACUCGGAGCCCGGCAGCCCCCUCCACACCAUCAUGAUCCGCGACCCGGAUGCCGCCAUGCGCCGCAGCAGCAGCUCCACCUCUGAGAUGAUGUCCACCUUCAAGCCUGCCCUGUCGGCCCGUCUGGCCGGAGCCCAGCUGCGCCCCCCGCCCAUGAGGCCCGUCCGCCCGCCCCCCACCGGGCACCGCUCCUCCAGCUCCAGUUCCUCCGGGGUAGGAAGCCCUGCUGUCACCCCCACCGAGAAGAUCUUCCCCAACAGCACUGCCGUGGCUAGCUCCGCAGCUAACGCAGCUGGGGACCAGUCAGGCACCAUG